CAAGGAAGUGGAAGUACAGGGGUUGGAAUGCCCGUCUAGUUAUAAAAGAAAAAAAAACUAAAUUUCUUUGCAAACUAAAACAACCAGUCCUUUGAGAGAACUAUUUUACAGUUGUAUUAUUUUAGACUACGUGCACCGUCCUUGUGAAGCUGAUGACGCUGCUAAUCUUACGAACUUGUUCAUGAUGUGAGAAGCCAAUUUUCCGAUUUCUUCUUCCGCUUCAUCUCCGUUUCGAACUGGAACUCAAGCUGUUUUGCAAAGUCUAUAAGUUCUAAGCAAGGGGACUAGAUGGCAGUUGAUCCACAAACCCAACCAUACUUCCAUGGGUGCAUCUCUCGGUUUAAAGCAGAGGAGUUGCUUGCCAGGGCAGGAAAAAGAGAUGGCCUCUAUCUUGUCAGAGAGAGUGCCCAUCAGCUAGGAAGUUAUGCCUUGUCCAUGUGCAAUAACCACAAAGUUAUACAUUACCAAAUUCUGCGGCAUGCGGACGGUAAAGUUGGAAUAGAAGAUGGACCAAGGUUUCCAGGGCCAGUUGAGCUAGUCCAACAUCAUCAACAACACCUCGAUGGAUUACUGUCUAGGCUGACGAUUCCUUGCUCUCGCUCUCCUGGUAUAUUACCAAGAUGUUACUCCGGCGCCAACCAGAAACACAUAAAAGAUGCUGCUACCGCUGCAAUGGAAUCAAUGGGACUUGCUCCUGAGGCUGAUGCCACAGUUCGAACACAAAUGGAGAGUUUCAUCGGCAAAGUGCUUCACCAGAGUGAAAAAUGGUUUCAUGGAAACAUAUCUCGGGAGGAAGCUGAAAGACGGUUGCAUGUCUGUGGGUGUGUCAAUGGCUUGUUUCUCAUUCGAGAAAGAAACACCCCUCCUGGCACCUUCGCUAUGGGACUGUGUCAUGAACGGACAGUUGUUCAUUACCUCUUUGAUGCAGACUCUCAAGGAAAGCUGUCAAUCAAAUCAGGUCCAAAGUUUGAUAAUCUGAUGCUAGCAGUCGACCACUACAGCAUCACAGAUGAUGGUCUAUUGUGUAAAUUGUCAGAGCCUUGUGAUGUGGGGAGGUUCGAAGAAAAGAGACGUACACUCAACCGUGGCACAAGCCUUGAUCUUCCUGGGGCUGCUAACUUUGUUACUGUGCGACCAACUAGUCAUUCUUUCAAUGAAGCUGAUCAUUUGGCAUCUUUGAAAAUCACGCGGAAUUCAAGAAUACCUCUUCCUCCAAGGGGGGCCACGACACCAUUCCCUAGCACCUCCACCCCCCCACCUUUACCUGGCCGACCAACACUUGAGCCAACACCUGAAGCAAGUGCUCCAAAGCAAGAGUCCUUUGAAGCUAUAUACGACACCGUGAAGAUGAAAAAGAGUUCAGGCUACCACAAUCAAUUCAAGGCAGUUCAGAGUCAGACCUUUGAGUUAAAGAUGGAGAACCUGUCCCUUGGAAAGGAAUUAGGUCAUGGCAAUUUUGGUUCAGUUCUAAAAGGAACAUACAAAAUGCCAAAUGGGGAAAGGAUCCCUGUUGCAGUGAAAAGCUUGAAGUCAGAUGACAUCAAUAAUCCCAAGUCUGAGAUACUCCACGAAGCAAGAGUAAUGAUGGAACUUGAUCAUCCUUACAUUGUCAGAAUCAUAGGAAUGUGUCAGGGACCAUCCAUGAUGUUAGUGAUGGAGCUUGCAGGAGAAGGGCCCCUUAAUAAAUACCUAAAGAAAAACAAAGGCAUGCCCCUGUUGAACAUCCUGGUGCUCAUGCUGCAAGUGGCUGAGGGCAUGCAAUACCUGGAAUCACUGCAGUUUGUCCAUCGUGAUCUGGCAGCCAGGAAUGUGCUCGUGGUGAACGAUAGUUUUGUCAAGAUUAGUGAUUUUGGCAUGUCUCGUGCGAUGGGGGCAGGCAGUGAUUACUACAAGGCUGGUACAGCAGGGCGAUGGCCACUGAAGUGGUAUGCUCCAGAAUGCAUCUACUUUAGGAAGUUUUCCAGUAAAAGUGAUGUGUGGAGUUAUGGUAUAACGUUGUGGGAGGCUACUUCAUAUGGUGCCAGACCAUACCAGUCACUCAGCGGACAAGCUAUCCUUGAGAAGAUAGAAAGCGGUUAUCGGUUGCCUGCACCGGCAAAAUUACCAAGUUGUGUUUACCAACUGAUGAAGGACUGCUGGCAAUGGGAGCAAGAUGACCGACCAUCGUUCAUGCAAAUCUGGCAAAGCUUGGGGAACAUAAUCAUGAAAUUGAAGAAGUGAUCUUACUGGCCCCGCACUGAAUAUUCCUCACUUAAUAGCCAGGCACUAGAUAGCUCCGUAUUAGACCGCCUGAUGUACUAUAGAGGAAAAAAACACUGGGUUAGGGAAGAGGUUAAAAUCAUACAUACCGCAAAUCACGGGUGUUUACGGCAGGGCUGUAGCAGUGGUUGGGGUACUGGGGGUGUCCCCCACACCCAAUAUUUAAACAAAUAUAUAAAAAGACCAGUAGAAGGGUAGUGACUGUGCCUCCAAUACUUUCAACAUGUUUCUGUAUCGUACUAUCGUGCCCCCCUCCCCUCCUUGAAUGCCGUUCUCAAUUCCCACGUGCAGCUCGCAUGCAACACUUGCAUGCAACAUUUUCACUUGAUGCAUUUCCACAUCAGUUAUCGCAUGUCACAAAAAAUUCAGCCAAUGAAGCUGAUUAGAAUUUAUAUUUUUCAAAAUGUUGUAACGUUCAAAAAGCUAUUAAGACUUAAUGUGUUGAAUUUGAUAUAACACCUCUCGCAAAUAACUCUUCUUUUCGACAAUAACACAUAAUGAAAUUGCAUGACAGAUUGCAUGUAAAUUUUUAUAAAGAAUGCAUAGUGUUUUGUAAAUUAUAAAUCCAGCACCAAUUUCACCAAUUGAGAUGGUUUUUAGUGUUCUUUAUUUCCACAAUUCUCAAGGAUAAUUAGACAACUGAUUGUGUAUCGUAUUCUGUUAAUUGUUAAGACAUGAUUUUAACUUCAAGAAUCAGUGUAAAUACAUUUUUAAUGAUAGAACCGGUAAGAAUAAUUCAAUAUUAAAAGAAGCAAUAAACUGUUA